AGGCAUCACCGUCUUCAACCACAAAAAUCAAACGAAACAUACACAAAAGCCUGAAGGGCUUAAACGAACAGAAUCAUCUGAAAAAAAAAUAAAAAAUGUCUCAUGCAAUGAGUUAAACGAGUAUUAUCGAGUAUUAUGGCUUUGUCCUCGGCUAAAAGGAAACGGCUUUCUAUGGGAGACAAAGACGAGAAAACAUCGUUAGAAUUACGACGCCAGCACACGAUGGUGUUGCGGUCACACAAAUGUGUUUGGUCAGAGGAUAUUCCCAUGAGCCGCAUGAGUACAAUGGAUAGUCCUUCGCGAACUUUGCCAGAUAUCCAAAUGGGAGCACAUCAUCUUCUACCGCCCGUUAGUCUUUCAUUUUUGAAGAGAUGCAUUCAGAACGAAAUUCUGCAGGGCAAAGCACCAGAAAGAAUCUUACACCCAUCAGUGAAGGGUUUGAAAGAAGAAAACCAUGAGGAAAUGAGACAUUGGCAAGGGAUCCUACCACGAGCAGUACAAUUGAAGUGGUCUUGUCUUCGAGCACAGAACUGCGGUCACAGAGCAUUAGAACAGACAGAGAUUUCGAAAUAACUCCAAUGAAUAUGGAGGUUAUGAAAAAAACGGAUUUACCCCAACGAUGCUUUUCUGCACGACGUAAACGUCCUCUGCGAGUGCCUUACGACCUGGAGAAUGAACAACGUUCACAGUUGGACAACGAGUUGUUUGAUAUUCGAAAACAUUUAAAUGAGACAAACAUCAUUUAUGUUGACGCAAGCGCAGCCAAUUUUGAAGUUUACAGCUUUCUACAGAAGCGCGCCAAUGAUAUUCUUCAAAACGAGAUGAUUGCAUCCCAUGACGUUGAGUUAUGCCCUGAUACGAUAUCAAUUGCCACAAAGAGAACAGACAGCACUUUGCUCUACCAGUUUAAAUUCCAAGAUACGAGUGAAACUUUCCAAUCCGAAAUUGCUAUCUUCAUUGGGGCGGAUGAUGAUUUAUUUGACUUCUUCUGUCGUGAAGCAUUCCCAGAGACGACUAUUUGCAGGAUACAACCAAACGGUCAAACAGUCAGUGACAAAAAAGAAAUUAUAAGAGAAGAUUGGGGUUUCAACUGUUAUGGAAAUGAUUUGAAAAAUGACACCACUAUCACUGAAUGUAUCGAUGAUGUUCUUGAACGAGUUGUCAUGGAGAAGCUUGCAAGUGCGGCAGAGGCAAUACCAAAACAAGUAAAGAGCACGGGCGGAGUCAUAACAGAAGUGAAGGAGCUCUUCACUCUUAGCAAAGUACCAAUGCCAAAUUGGUUGAAGGAAUGGGAGCUGGACAGCAAAACCCUUGCCGCCCGGAAAAAGCUCACAAAGAUAUCAGAGAAACUGUUGUCGUUGCCGUAUGUAUUUGGCUGCCAUGUCACAGACGCGUGCCUCAACAUCAUGAUACGGAGAGAAAAUGAAUCAAAACCAAUAGAUUUGAUCACAGAUUUGAAGAAAUUCGGAUUGUCAAACGACGAGUUCACUAUUCAAGUUGCAGAGAUCAAACUGUUUGCUGACAACAAAUUUAGAAGCGGGGACAGUCUUGCGGUUCGAGGCUCAAACAAAGUUGGGACGCUUGGAUGUUUUGCAAAAUUUAAACAAAAUGAAGUGGAUCAUCACAAAACCGUUGUUGUCACUGCUAGGCACGUUUUCGAUGCCAAUGACACGGAUAAUAAAGAACUGGAAGUCAAUGAUGAAACUCUUGGGAAAGUUUUGGAAAAGGCAGAAGAAGCCGAUAAUGUUUAUCUUGAUAUCGCAAGUUGAGAAGUAACUGCACCUCAUUCCAAAUGUGACACGGCCUUUCGCCGUGAAAAUGGAAAUAAGGGUUUUGCAGAGUUAUACGAACCUAGUCCUUCCGAAAUUGUGAACAAACGAGUUCAUUUAUGGGGCGCGCGUACAUCUCCUGGGGCAGCAAAACUAUCAAAUUUCAAGUCGUCGCCCUCAGAUGCUGGUGAAAACAUGUUUAUUGCAAUGCCGAACGACAAAAAAAAUCUUGGCAAAAGAAGGAGAUAGUGGGGCAAUAAUACUGAUGGAGCGACAUCCACGUGAUUCACCAAAUAUGUAUGCUAUAGGUACGCUAGUGGGUGAAGUACAACAACAUCCAAUCGAUGACAAACUAACCGUAGCAGGAAAGGAGAAAGUGCCUGAAAGUGAACAACCAAGCUCGUCAUUACUGGAAAGUUCGGAAGCAAAAGCCAGACCUAUGCAGGCGAUUGCAAACGAGAAAUUGUAUGCCGUCGUUCCUAUUAAAAAGGGAUUCGAUCAUCUUUCCAAGAAGCAUCGUGGCAGUUUAUCGCUUUUUACAAGCUCGGAUCAGCAAUAACUCCUGAUUUUGCGACAUAUUCCACUGAAACUUUGAGAACGAACAUUUUUGUGAUAUAAAACAAAUCGAUUGAGGUGGUUGACUUCUAGAAAUAUUACUAGCGAACAAUCAUGUUAACAGUGUUUGUUGUUUUUUUUUAAAGUCGAUCUAGUAUUCACAACUAGGUAGUUUAGUAUACAUCUUUGACCAAAUUCUUUGUGAGUAAAAGCGUAAAUAAGAACUUGUUUUUAUCGAAAAACAUUAUUACUGAUAUAUUUUGUGCAUUGUUAGUCUAUAGCAUUUAUGUUUUGAGUGUGCAUAUUUAUUGCUAAUCGGGUUAUCUUCAAGGUUGUUGUUUGCAUUCCAUGAACGUGGCUUUCUAAAGGCAGAUCAUUGUUUCUCGUACAUAAUGCAUUUGAAAUGUAUACAUAUAUAUUUCUAACAGUUUCCUUUUUUCAUCAUCAGCAAAUAAAAUGUCAAAAGUUUGCAUAUCGAACCAAUUUACUUUAAUAUCUUAUACGCUCUAAAUUUUCACACUUAGAUUAAAAGGGGAAAUGUUUUAUGAAUCGGAAAAGUAGAAAUACUCGAACAGUGGAUUUAUAAAUGUAUGCAAGUCCUAAAUCUUAUUUUGUCUAACAUGUAUUAGCUAGUAUGUUACCGCACACGUACAUAUUAUUUUUAGUUGUCACAAUUGUGCACUUUUUGCCUCAUGGGUCUGGUAUUUUAUAGACACAACUUGAAACUAAUAAACAUACCAAAACUA